CACUCUCGCUUCCCUGGCCUCUGUCCACAGCUAAUCCAAAGGUGCCUCCUUUUUUUUUUCCUUCUUCCUCCAACGCCCCCAGCGACAGUGGGCGCAUCCAAGAACGCACCAGAAAUUUCGGCGGCGGUUGCGCGCCGAAUCCAUCCAUCCAUCCCGUCCGCCCAUCCGGCGGUCGGCGGCGGAGCAAUUCCGCCCCCUCCCGAGCGGCAGCUCGGCGCGGGCGAAAUUUCCGGGUUGGUGCGGAGGCUGGGCUGGGUUGGUGCUGGUGGUCGUCUUGUUCUUGGAGGAGGGCGUGGAUCUGGCCGGAGGGUGGCGAUGGGGAGGCGGGAGUAGGCACGGGUUGGAGGGGAAGGCGCGAUAUUGGGGGCUCCCAUGGGCGGAUGCUUCUCGCUGGAGGAGCACCGGCUCCAGAGCAAGACAGAAACUGGCGGGCCAGAUGGGUUAAGGAAAUGCAAAUCUGAUUCUAAAGCUACAGCAAGUGUUCUCGCCCCUCCAAAAGAUGUGGAGGACCUGCAAACAGAAGGAUAUGGAAAUGUUAAUAUUUUCACAUAUAAUGAACUGAGAGCAGCCACAAAAAACUUCAGACCUGACCAAAUUCUUGGAGAGGGUGGGUUUGGUGUUGUUUACAAAGGUGUAAUUGAUGAAAAUGUUAGAGUGGGCUUUCCAUCCACACAAGUUGCCGUGAAAGAAUUAAACCCAGAGGGCUUCCAGGGUGACAAGGAAUGGUUGGCAGAAGUCAACUACCUUGGGCAACUUAGCCAUCCAAAUCUAGUCGAACUGAUUGGGUAUUGCUGUGAGGGGUCUCAUAGACUGCUUGUUUAUGAGUAUAUGGCUUGUGGAAGCCUUGAAAAGCAUCUUUUUCGCCGGGUUUGCCUUAAUAUGCCAUGGUCAACUCGCAUGAAGAUUGCUCUGGGUGCUGCAAGGGGGCUAGAGUAUCUUCACGGAGCUGAGAGAUCAAUUAUUUAUAGAGAUUUCAAAACGUCAAACAUCUUGUUAGAUGCGGAUUAUAAUGCCAAACUGUCAGACUUUGGCCUAGCACGAACUGGACCAAGUGGAGACCAAACCCAUGUAUCAACUCGGGUCAUGGGAACAUAUGGCUAUGCAGCUCCCGAAUAUGUCAUGACUGGCCAUCUGACAGCACGGAGUGAUGUUUAUGGCUUUGGUGUCGUCCUCCUUGAGAUGAUUAUUGGCAGGAGGGCUGUGGACAAGAGCCGGCCCAGCCGUGAGCAUAACCUAGUGGAGUGGGCACGUCCCCUCCUCGUGCACAAUCGGAAACUGUUCAGGAUUAUCGAUCCAAGAAUGGAAGGGCAGUACUCCACCAAGGCUGCCAUUGAGGUGGCUGGCCUUGCGUACCGAUGCUUGAGCCAGAAUCCUAAAGGACGGCCCACCAUGAAUCAGGUUGUUGAGACCUUUGAGGCUGUGCAAAACAUGCCAGAGUGCCAAGACAUACUCUUGCAGAACUGCAUGACGGGUGCAGUGACACUCUACGAGGUCGCAAAGGAUCCCACGGAGAGUGGCGAGCCGGAGAAAACAAAACAAGAACAAGCAGCAGCAGCACCAAAAACUGUCACCGUGGUACCAGCACCAGUUAACGGAAAACCAGUGCCUCAGAGCAGGAGAACGCGGCCAGGGAAUGGCCGGAGCAAGAGCGAGCCGUCUUUGGAAUGCAAGCUGUACAUCCCAUCUCCUGACUCUGAUGGCCAGCAGCCAGGCCUGGAGGCACUGUCAUCCCCUUCUGGAGAUGGAAGCAUGAAGGAUCCACCGGAUGAGGAUUUGUACAAGAUAUAGAGCCCACUCACACAGCAGUUUUUUGAUGAAGAUUCAAGUUUUCGCUACCGGCGAUUUCGCCAUUGCCAUCCAUCUUGUUGUCAAGAUCGAUCAGAGUCCCAAGUUGGUGUUGAAAAGAUUUUUCUGAUGGCGGUUCGAGCUUACCUCAAUUAGGUUUCUUGUUGUGCCGACUAGCAAUUGUAUGUAGAGGAGCGUUGUGGAAAGCAUGUAACUUGAGAUGCCUGCCGCGACGACGAAGUUCGUGUUGUAAACUUGAAACCGUUCUCUGGGAAGAAGAAGAUCCGCAUCAGAAUCGAUGUGUCGUGUCGUUGCCCGAUUGUUUUGACUUAACCUGUAUAGAUCAUGAUCAUCCUGCUUGUUCUUGCAAACAUGGUAUAGUUCUACAGGAAAUCAACGAGAAGAUGGAUACUGUAAGA